AUGGUGAAUCAAGUUGAUGAUGUUAUGAUAUCUGCAUCUGAAUGCCAUGAGAAUAUUUCUACUGAAGUUGUCGAGGAAACUGAGACUCCAGUUGUUAUUGCUCCGACGGAAGAAACCGAGCCAAGAGCAGAAGAGACUGUGCCAGAAGAAGCUGUUACCAUGACUAUGGAAGCUGCUCCGUUAAAAGACGAAGGGUUGAGACUCAAAACCUCAAUUGAUGCAGUUUGCUGGCUUACAUUUCAAGGUUAUGCAUUAAGAGGUCGAGAUGAAAGUCAAGGAUCACUGAAUCGUGGAAAUUUUCUUGAAAUGAUCGAUAUAUUAGCUUCUUAUAAUAAAGAUGUUGAAGCAGUUGUAUUAGAUAAAGCUUCAAAAAAUGCUUCUUAUACUUCUCUACAGAUUCAAAAGGAGAUUCUACAUGUGGUUGCUACAAAAGUGAAAAAAGAAAUUCGUGAAGAGAUUGAUACAACCGCAUUUACCUUAAAGCAACAAAUAUAUUCAGCGUUAACUCAACACGAUCUGGAUGUUCAGAAUAUUCGAGGACAAGAAUAUGACGGCGCAAGUAACAUGCGAGGUGAGUGGCAUGUUUUGCAAGCUUUGAUUAUGAAUGAUUGUCCAUAUGCUUAUUAUAUUCAUUGUUUAGCACAUAGAUUACAAUUGGCGUUAGUAGCUGCAACAAAAGAAGUUAUACCGAUUGAUCAAUUUUUCAUAAAACUAAACAUGGUUAUUAAUAUUGUUGGUGCUUCUUGUAAGCGUAAAGAUGAAUUGAUGAUUGCUCAAGCUGCUAAUAUUGAAUAUUUGAUAUAUAUCGAUGAAAUUGAGACUGGAAGCGGUUUAAAUCAGAUAGAUACUCCUGAUUUAAAUGCUAACCAUGUUCCAUUAGUUAGAGGAGUAGAAGCUCGUUAUCAUUCAAGUACUUUUACGAUUAUGCAACACUAUCGUGUGGAUAUUUUUAAUGCUGCUAUAGAUUCUCACUUAGAAGAACUAAAAAGCAGGUUCAACGAAGAAGAGAUAGAGUUACUUAUCCUUAGUUCAGCUUUGGAUCCUCGUGAAGGGGAAAAUCCAUUUAGAAGUGAUGAUAUUUGCAAAUUGGUUGAUAAGUUUUAUCCGAAGGACUUCACAGAACAAGAAAAGUUACACUUGAGGAUACAACUUCAACAUUAUGAGCAUAGUGUUGUUUCUUAUGAAGAGUUUAAGAAAUUGAAGAAUAUAUCUAGUUUGUGUGAAUGGUUGGUGAAGAAUGGAAAAUCGGUUACACAUUCUCUUAUACAUCGAGUGAUUGAACUUGUGCUUACCCUACCAGUUUCUACUGCAACAGCAGAACGAGUUUUUUCUGCAAUGAAAAUUAUCAAUACCAGACUUCGCAGCAAAAUGGGUUAUGAAUUCCUUGGAGACUCUUUGAUUGUGCACAUCGAAAAAGAAAUUGCUAAAAAGUUUAGCAUGGACUCAAUUAUUGAUGCUUUUCGAGACUUAAAAGAACGUCGCAUAACGUUUUGA